CUCCCCGUGGUCGCUCCUCCCCGCCUCUCCCUUGCCGUGCCCUCUCUCCUCCGCCUCUCCCUCGCCGUGUAUUCUCUCUCUCCGCCUCUCCUUCUCGCCGCUGCCUCGCCGGAUCUUCGCCUCAACCUUGCCGGAUCUCUCUCCUCAAGAUGUCAGGAAAUGAUUAUACCCGAUAUCUGUCUGCUGGUAGUAGGAAGAGUUAUGGCAGUAAGAAGAGUUCAUCCCGUCGUAGCAAUCCGAGAAGUUCUUCUAAUUCUCAGAUGGCUAAGAGCUCGGCUGUACCUAACAGCCAGACACAACCUUCCCCUCCAGCUCCCGCUCAAGCUUCCUCUCCUGCUCCCGCGCCUGCUCAAGCUCCUCCAGCUCCCGCUCCCUCUCAAGCUCCUCCAGCUCCCGCUCCCUCUCAAGCUCCUCCAGCUCCCGCUCCUGCUCAAGCUCCUCCAGCUCCCGCUCCUGCUCAAGCUCCUCCACCUCCAGCUCCCAAUGCUGCCGCAAUGACGUUGGAAGAUUUAGCGACAAUCAAUAUGAUUCUGGCUAGUCCUGGACAUCAUCUUCUUCCUCACCUGCAUCCAAAUCGCCCUCCAAAUACGGUUUGGUUUGAUGAAGAUGGGAGCGUUGCUGCAUCGGUUCGUCAAAUCUUUGAAAGAGAUUUCAAAGAACCGCAUGCUAGUUGGAAGCAAACCCCUGGGAAUGUCGUGAGACGUUGGUUUGAAUCCUUUGCGCAAAUGUAUCAUUGGGAUUCUGGUUUCACUAGCCUGGUUCGCGAUUCUUUCGAGGCCAAAUUGAAAGUCCAAAUGAAUCGCCAAGUUUGUCGGUGGAAGAAAGUGUGGCGGGUAAAAGGUGAUGCAGCUAUGCCUGUUUGGUUUGACCCAAAUGUUUGGGCUGGUCUCGUCACUUAUUGGCUAGAUCCAGGCACUGAAGUCCGGAAUUGCAAUAGUCGGGCAGCCCGUUACUCUGACCCCGAUAGACAUGGGCCAUCUAAGCAUCGUUCAGGUCAGACUUCUUACAAGUUGCGAUGUGAAGUUGCCUAUUAUCUCUUAAGUUGUGAUCUCAAUUUUUAAUGAUUUGACGUAAUCUUUUUAAUUUUAGGCUGAAGAAACAGGAGAGUCUAUUCCUGAUUGGCUUGGGGUUCUCGAGAUCACUAAACGAAAGCCGGAUGGGUCUUUCGUUGAUGGCAAAUCUGAGCAGCUCUACAAUGACGUGACAUCUAAAUUUCAGGAGUUAUCUCAGGCAGCUAGUGCUGAUCCCGAGAGCACCGGUUCUGUUGGUCUCACUCCAGCAGAAAAGAACAAGAUUUAUUGUGAG